AUGGAUACUGAAGCGACCCCGCAAAGCCAAUGGCGUUUUGCCCAAUGUUUUGGUGACAAAGGCGAAGUCGAAGACAUCACGGAAGCUGAUAUCAUCUCCACGGUUGAAUUCGAUCACACUGGAGACUACCUUGCAACGGGUGAUAAAGGUGGACGCGUCGUUCUUUUUGAGCGCAAUGAGCAGAAAAAAGGAUGCGAGUACAAAUUUUACACCGAGUUCCAGUCACACGAGCCAGAGUUUGACUACCUCAAGUCUCUUGAGAUAGAAGAAAAGAUCAAUCGCAUUCGAUGGUGUAAGCGCCAGAACGCGGCGCACUUCCUUCUUAGCACCAACGACAAGACCAUCAAGCUGUGGAAGGUCUUCGACAAGCAGAUCAAGGUCGUUGCCGAGAACAACCAUACGGAGUACGGAGGUGGCGCGCCCGGCUCUCAGGCUCUGCUUCGUCUGCCCCGCAUGACGACUCAUGACUCCAUUACAGCUGCUGUCCCGCGCAAGGUCUACGCCAAUGCUCACGCCUAUCACAUCAACUCCAUCUCAGUGAACUCGGACGGCGAGACCUACAUUUCUGCCGACGACCUGCGCAUUAACCUGUGGAACCUCAACAUCAGCGAUCAGAGCUUCAAUAUCGUUGAUAUCAAGCCUGUCAAUAUGGAAGAGUUGACUGAAGUGAUUACGGCUGCCGAGUUCCACCCCAUCAACUGUAACCAUUUCAUGUACUCGAGCUCGAAGGGUACAAUCAAGCUUGCCGACAUGCGAGAAUCUGCCCUGUGUGAUCAGCACGCGAAACUGUUCGAGGAGGAGGAGGACCCUUCUCAAAAGUCCUUCUUCUCAGAGAUCAUUUCAUCCAUCUCCGAUGUCAAGUUCUCGCGUGAUGGCCGCUAUAUUCUAUCGCGAGAUUACCUUACGCUCAAGAUCUGGGACAUGAACAUGGAGAACAAGCCCGUGAAAACUAUCAACAUUCAUGACCACCUGCGCCAGAAGCUUUGCGACCUGUACGAGAAUGAUUGCAUCUUCGACAAGUUUGAAUGCACGUUCAGCGGCGACGGAAGCGACAACGACGUUGUUCUGCAGGCCGACAAGUCUGCAUUCAAGGCGAAGAAGAUCGGCGGGGCUCGAGGAAAGGUUCCAGGCAAGAAAGAGGGGCUGCAGACGGAGGGCAUUGACUUCGCUAAGAAGAUUCUUCACGGCAGCUGGCACCCACGGGAGAACACGAUUGCCAUCGCAGCGACGAACAAUCUCAUGCCCCGCCACCCCCUAUCCUGCAUCCCCGUCACAAACAUGGGACGAGCCUAG